GUGAAACACUCAAAAAAAUGAUCAUAUGGUGAGGUUAGAAAGGUCAACGAAUCGCAACCAAACUUCACUUUGAAAAAAACACAACAAGACUUCAGUCAGAAGAUUCCGAUUACCCACCAAAAAAAAAAAAAACUCGAUUACACACGCAUCAACCGACACUUUACUUACAGUUGGGCCCCGCCACCGUGCAGUUCACCGUCGCCGGGGAAUUUCAGCUACAAGAAUACGCAGUGUGCGUACGAGAUUCGCCGUACCAUGGCGGCCGUGGUCUCGGAGAAUAUGGUGGACCCUACGCCUCCUAUUUCUCAAUCCAUGGACAGCAGUACUUCUCCCAGGCGAAGCUCCGACGACUCGCCGUCGGGAUCGCCCACGCGUGGUUCGACCGAUCCCUCUGUGGUAUCCACGCCCAGCCCAUCCAGGCAGCUUGAUCUCCAGAGUCAGCCCCUUUCAAGAGUUGAAGAAUAUCGACAACUGUUUCGUCUUCCGUCUGAUGAGGUCCUCAUCCAAGAUUUCAACUGUGCCUUGCAAGACAAUUUUCUUCUUCAGGGUCAUAUGUACUUAUUUGUUCACUAUAUCUGCUUCUACUCCAAUCUGUUUGGAUUUGAGACAAAGUAUUUCUUCACCUCUUUUUUAUUCCGCGACGAGGCCUUUAAGCUCAUUAAUGAAGGUUGGGUGCAGCACAGCAAUGGAUCUCAUGAAAAUACAGAUCAGCAGAAUUACAAUGUUCAACUACAUGAGCCAAAGUCUGGUAUAAGGAGCCAAGAGAAUGGCAGUUCUACUGUCGAAGAAUCAGAUAGCUCCAGACAAUCUAUAGAUGAUUCGGAUAUCAUUGAAAGUGAUAAAAAUGACCCCAUGUUGGAGGAGUCCAGAAAUGUCGGUGAUGGUGAACCUGAAAUUGUAUCAACAGCUUCUGUCGUGGAAAUUACGCAAGAGGUGAUUCCGGAAGCUACUUCUACUCUUAAGUGUUCACCACCAGAAAAUUCCUCAGCUUGGGAGCCCGAGGACACUGAUGCACCUGGUGUUCACGAAGGUUACACUAAAGUUGCAGAAUCAAGAUUUCCGGUAAUUUUUAGGAUGGAUCAUAGCAGUCUGCUGUUAUCCCUCAUAGAUUUCAAGUGCACUCCAUGGCAGCCUCAUGGAAAAGAUGGGCAUACUCGUGAAGUGCAAAAUUCGGUGGCUGUCAAGAAGUUCAGAAAUACAGAGUUCACAGAAACUGGCAAGUUCCAAUUGCCAUUAGAAAUUUCAAAUUUGACGAUGAUCAAUUUUGCUGAUGUCCUGCUGUUUACUGUUGUCUUGUUGGUGAGCCAUUUGGUCAUCGAUACUUCACAAGAGAUCAGUGACGUGCCAUAUGGGGACUACUUCAGGGUGGAGGGCCAUUGGGAUGUUGAGGAAGAGGGCAAUGAACAGAGGCCUGGUUGCAUAUUGAGGGUAUACACCAAUGUGGCCUUUUCCAAGAAAACCUUUCUGAAAGGAGGUUCUGCGUCUAACUCGGUCCCAAACAAGCAAGUUCAACUGGAAAAUCAAGAAAGUACUCAGCUGCAGCGUGUGGAGUACCAGUCGAGUGAUGUGAGAACAUCGGAGAUCAUACCUGAAGUGCCAAUCAGGAAUCUAAUAAAUGAAAUUCCACAACCAAACGUGAGCAAUGCAACGAGUGGGUCUCUUUUAAGAGAUGUGAUGACCAAAGCCUUUGCAUCUUUUAAGCAUCAGAACACGUCAUCUCUACUCCUGAUCAUUUCUAUUGCCGUAAUUCUCCUUUUAAUGCAGAUGAGCAUUCUUGUGUUAUUAAGUCGGCCCCAGAGGAUCCUGGUAGUCCCUCCGCAAGGUGAUUUUGGGCACCGAACGAGCGAAAAUGGUCGGGAAGCAAUGGCGUUAUUGAAUAAGCAGAUUAUGUAUCUUAAGGAGGAGUUGCAUUUUGUUGAGACAAUGCUGGAUAAGAUGCAGAAUGAGCACUCCCAACUCAUGGCCAAGUUGAAGGAUUUGGAGCUAUUUAGGAAUCAAAGGCUCUGAUUGUUAUGGUGAUGAAUUUAUUAUUAUUAUUAUUUUUAUUUUUUUUAGUGUUAUUUUGGUAACAACCCAAAAUUGUAUAUAAGAGACAUUGUGCGUCAAUUGCCCCAUUGAACAAUUAUAACCAAGACCCAUGAGUCCCAAUCUCUCGUGUGUUUGAAUGGUUAUGAUUGUCAGUUUUGAUCCAGUGAAACUAUGCAAAUCCAUCCGAAU